AUGAGCUCAGAGGGAUUUUUUGCCAAGCGUCAAAAACUGAGUCAGCCGGAAAAUCAUGGGGAUGAUUCGAAACCCUGGGUAGAGAAGUAUCGUCCCAAGAAGUUGGAAGAUGUCACUGCGCAGGAUCACGCGGUCAAUGUGCUCAAAAAGACGCUACAGUCUGCCAACCUACCUCACAUGUUGUUCUAUGGACCUCCAGGAACAGGAAAAACGUCAACUAUCUUAGCUCUCACGAAAGAGUUGUACGGCCCGGCACUCAUGAAGAGUCGUGUGCUAGAGCUAAACGCGUCAGACGAGCGUGGUAUAGCAAUUGUUAGGGAUAAAAUCAAGAGCUUUGCCCGCUUGACCGUCUCAAAACCCUCCCAAAAUGACCGGGAAAAGUACCCCUGCCCUCCAUACAAGAUCAUCAUAUUAGAUGAAGCAGACUCGAUGACUGCAGAUGCUCAAAGUGCACUCAGGAGAACUAUGGAGAACUAUUCGAAUGUUACGCGUUUCUGCCUCAUCUGUAAUUAUGUCACAAGAAUCAUUGACCCACUCGCAUCCAGGUGUUCCAAAUUCAGGUUCAAACCUCUUGAUUCAUCAAAUGCUCUGAGCCGUGUUCAGUACGUUGCGAAGGAAGAAAGGCUCCAAUACGAUGAGCAUGUUUUGGAAAAAAUUCUAGACGUUUCUCAAGGUGAUCUGAGAAGGGCUAUUAUGCUGCUACAGUCGACCUCCAAGAUAGUUAAGCAUUUGGAUCCGCCACAAAUCACAGCGCUGACAGUUGAUGAGCUCGCAGGAACAGUGCCAACGGAGUUGUUGAAUGAGCUUGUGGCCAAGAUUGCGACAGCAAAUCUGGAGACUAUCAAGAUCAAUGUUCGCGAAAUGAUAAAAAGCGGUUGGAGCGGCGCGUCCGUUGUAAACCAGCUUCACCACUAUUACAUCAAUAGCGACCAGUAUUCUACCGCCUUUAAAAACAAAGCAUCAUGGCUCAUUUUUGAUGCAGACUCUAAGCUAACAAACGGAAGCAACGAACACAUUCAGCUGCUUAACUUAGCAAUGAAACUUGCAGACUUAUACAGGAAAGGCUUGUGA